GGAGCAGGAGGCUGAGCCUGAUCCCCACGUGUGACGAUUUUGCCUUCCCGCUUCGGUAAUAUUCCUCCUGCGCUGCUGUUUGCUCCUCGUCCCUCUCUCUCUCUCUCUCUCUCUCUUUUUCUUGUAUGUGUGUGUGCGCGCGCACGAGAGUGAGUGAGUGAGAAUGCGUGUGCAUGUGCGCGCGCGCGCAUGAGUGUGUGUGUGAAUGAGUGUGUGUGAGUGAGUGAGUGAGUGUGUGUGUGCGCCUCGUAGUUUUAUUGCCCUGUAGUUUUUUUUUGGGGGGGGGUUCUUUUUUUUUUUUUUCCGUGAGACAGCGCUAUGGAUGGAGACGGGAGCCAAGCCACGUCCGGAAGCCCGAGCGACACGCAGCAUGACCCGGGUAAAAUGUUUAUCGGCGGCCUGAGCUGGCAGACCUCACCAGACAGCCUUAGAGAAUAUUUCAGCAAAUUUGGAGAGAUCAGAGAAUGCAUGGUGAUGCGAGACCCCACAACCAAACGCUCAAGAGGCUUUGGAUUUGUUACGUUUGCUGACGCAGCCAGUGUAGAUAAAGUCCUAGCUCAGCCGCACCACGAAUUAGACUCAAAGACGAUUGACCCUAAAGUGGCCUUCCCUCGCCGCGCUCAGCCUAAGAUGGUCACAAGAACGAAGAAAAUAUUUGUUGGUGGUUUGUCAGCGAACACAGUGGUGGAUGAUGUGAAGCAGUAUUUUGAGCAGUUCGGGAAGGUAGAAGACGCUAUGCUAAUGUUCGACAAGACCACUAACAGACACAGAGGCUUUGGCUUCGUAACUUUUGAGAAUGAAGAUGUUGUAGAGAAAGUCUGUGAAAUUCAUUUCCACGAGAUCAAUAAUAAAAUGGUAGAAUGUAAGAAGGCCCAGCCCAAAGAGGUGAUGUUCCCCCCGGGCACACGGGGCAGGGCCAGGGGCCUGCCCUACACCAUGGACGCCUUCAUGUUGGGAAUGGGCAUGCUGAGUUACCCAAACAUCGUGGCGACGUAUGGGCGUGGAUACACUGGAUUUGCUCCGAGUUAUAGCUACCAGUUUCCCGGUUUCCCGGCAGCAGCGUAUGGUCCGGUGGCGGCGGCAGUGGCAGCAGCACGAGGCUCAGGUAGGGGUGCCCAAGGAAGAGGCAGCUACGUGGCGUACCCACAGAACCCGGGGCCAGGCUUUCCCGAUUAUGGGUUUUAUUCCGCGCCCAGUGACCAGCGGGGGGCGCCCUGCUCCUUUGCCGACUAUGGCUCCCUGGGGCCUCAGGCGGCUCAGAUGCUGCAAAGCGAGCACGCCACAUCUGCCUGCAACUCUCCCCUGCAGCACCUUCACAGCCCGGAUCAGUUUAAGAGCCCAGGUUUGUAUGGGGCUAACCCUGCUCGGCCUGGAGCCUUCCCGGGUGCCAACAGUCCAGGGCCUGUAGCUGAUUUGUACGGCCCGACUAGUCAGGAAUCGGCUGUGGGGAACUACAUCAGUGCUGCUAGUCCUCAGCCUGGCUCCGGCUUCAGCCACGGCAUUGCUGGCCCCUUGAUUGCGACAGCUUUUACAAACGGAUACCAUUGAAACCUAACAGGUGGUCGGUCGCCAUCUCAGUGGAGCAUAAAUCUGGAGGUCCUGGGAAGACGGGCCGAAGUUUCUAACUGGUCUUGUACAGGUGAUGACGUGAGACUUCAAGCACUGCAGCAUCUCAUUGGUGAAAGGGACAGGGGGUGGCACCAUGAAGAAGAAAAGAACAAAGGAUAUAUGUUAAGCUUGUUAUUUAAAAAAAAAUAUUAAUAAUAAUAACUGCUGUACCAUAACCCCCUACCACCCUCUUGUAACCACGUAACUUUUAUUUGUUCUGUAUGGCAUUUUAUUUCUCUUUUUCUUCAGCUUUUAGUUGGUUAAGUUGCAUAGUUGAUUUAAAAAAAAAAAAGUUUGGUUUGUGAUCAUUGAUUUUUUUUCUUAUUUCUAUUUCAUGUGAAUUUUCUUUCAGCAUUUUGGAAAGUGUAGUUUUUGUUUACUGGUCAUGUCAGAAAUUACCUUUGGUACCAAUUGUUGUAAAGCUCUGAUUUUAUGGUGUCAUAUUUGCACAGUUAACGAUCCAGCGUUACAGCUAUGAGAGAACAUUUCAUUUUGAGUGAAAAACGAGAGGUUAAUUGAUCUAAUCAAUCUUAGUAGCUGUUUUUAAUUCUUGUGACGUCUCAUUGUCGAUCAUAAUUACCUAUUUUUGGGCAAUACAAAGAGGACUCCGAUAUUUUUAUGGUCCUUUUUUUUUUAUAAGUGUUGUUUUUGUUGUUUAGGGGGGAAAAAAAUGUAUACUAUGGCAUUUUUUCAGAUGAAUACAUUGUGAAUUCAGAUUUAAGAGAAAAAAAAAAGAAAUGUAACUGUAAAUAUUAUUCCAGUCAUUGCAUAUAACCUACUCAGAAUGGGGGGGGAAAAAAGUACAUAUUUUUCUUACCACGUGUCAAAAGAAAUUGUUCCAGGGUGUCAAUAAAAUAAAAGAAAAUAUAGGUCUUAACAGAUUAUUAUCUAGGUGUCACUCAAAUAUAGUAAAGUACCCCGGUGACAAAUCGGAUCUAUCGGAUAGCUGUUUUUCGCUUGCUGUGUAAAUACUCGAGCUGAAUAAUUUUCCAAGUGUCAUACCAGCAUAUUUACAAACCGGUGACUACAGGGCACUGCUCAGAGUCAGAGGAACAGAUAAUGUUGUUGGCAGCUUUUAUCUCAACUCUAGAGAUUCAAGCAUGGAAGAACUUUUGAGAGAACAAUGUUUCAAUCCAAAGCACACUGUAGGUAGUGUUCAAGAGAUUUUACUCUAUGUGACCUGACACUUUUAUACUCCUGAGAGGGGGGAAAGGAAAAAAAAAAAAAAAAGACAACUAUGUUAUUUGGUGUUGUUGUUUGUCCUCCACCUGAUUUUGGAACUUAUCUGGCCUGUACAUUACAGUUAGGCAUGUGCUGAUAAUCGGUUAUACGAUAUUGCACAGCAUAAAGAUCUUAGGUGCUCAUUUUAGACAUAUGAGGGAGCAGAACACACGUUCUCAAAGAUCCUAAUUCACUGGAUCUGAAAAAAAUAAUCUUGCCACAAUUUAUCAUCAAGUAGUAACUUUAAAAAAAAAAUUGCGAUAAAUGUAAUCCAUGAUCAGACUAUUAUCGUGAUAUAACUGAAUAUCAGCACAGGCCUAGUCGCAGCUUAUUCAUUUUAAAUGAAUCGAGAAGGCAGACCUUUUAUACCAUACCUCAGUGCUGUGAGUUUAACGGUGGAAACGCUUAAAAAUGUAAUGUAAUUUAUUUUAUCAGUGAGUUAACAGGUCAACCAUGCUGAGCUGAGUAUAAGGCUAAAUCAUUGCACUGUGACCAGUGGAAAAGCCCUCUGACCGCUAACUUUUUGCACAUGUCAAAUGCUCCUUGACCAGGGUUUCAUGUAUGAAGACUCCAUAUGAAUGUCACUGCGAGGCGAGCAAAAAGAAAAGCAGUCUCUAGACCUCGGAGCUCAGAUCUCAUUUCAUGGCUACAGCCAGCAUUGACUCUAAAAUAUUGACGUAUUUUAGAUACAGCUGAUAGAAGACACUGAAUAUGUUUGUGCAGAGAACCAGAGCUGCUGUGCUGACUUUUACUUGUAUAAAAGACUUUUGGGUUUUGGUCAGAGAUAUAUAACGUUUUAAUGAAAUGAUUUUAAAAGUGUGGAUUGUUGAAGGUGAUGAUUUGAUCGAUGUAUAUUUGUACAUUUGUCUCUUGUUUCCUGCUGCAAAUGUAUACUACUAUUUUUUUUUGUUGUUGUUCGUUUCUUUUUUUGGUUGGACUUUGUUUGAUUUUGAUGUACACCAACGCUCCGAAUAACCAGGUGAAGCAAAAUGCUGGAUGCUUUUUACACAAUCUGGAGAUGCGAUCAAGUAAUAAUUUAAACUGAAGAAAGAAAAAAAAAAGAUGACUAUUGUAAUGUUCUAAUGUACAAGAAAAAAAAUGAAAUACAAAACUUUAAAAAAAGGAAAAAAUGUUCCUUCACUGAUUUCAGUUUUGGAUCGGGGGGAUUUUAUGACUCCUAUUUUUUGUCGUUGUUGAUGUAGUAGUGAAUAUAAUAAUUAUACUCCAAUGUACUCAGAUUCUUUCUCUCUCCAUUCAUCAACACACCCAAGCUUCAGUUCAUCACUGUAUUUAGUAGGCAUGUGCAGAUUUUUUUGGCUGCCUUUGUGCUCUUGAGCAGAAAAUUGUCCCAAUUGAAGAAUACGAUUCUAUAAUUCUAUUCACUGGACAGAACUGUCAGUCCAAAUGAGAAGCGAUUUUUGCCAGUGUAUCAGUUGUUUUUCGCUGGAGCCUUGUGAUAAAUACAAUGAUGAAACAUGACGCAACUAUUGUGACAUCAGCACAUGCCUAAUAUUCAGUGGUGUAUAAAAUCAUGUACUGUAACAACGUGCCGUCUUUGAUAGCCGUGUAGUGAUUUCACGUUUCCAUGGCCAUUCUUUUUCUCUCUCUUCCCUAAUUUAUAGAUGCUGUUUAGACUUGGUCGUUUGUAGAAAAUUUAGGACUACUAAGAAUCAAAUGUUUUCAAAUUUCAUCUGUCCAUAUAAUUUCCUGACUAACCAAAGCUUUCACAAAAGAUCUCUAUAAUAAAAAAUAAUAAUACAAAUUGCAAAAGGCAGAAAAAGAAAAUCAAAGCAUCGCUUGACUCCACACCAUUGAUUUUUUUUUUUAAGCAGUGCACCAUACUACCUUAAAUCCUAAUGCAGAACUAUUAUUUUGGAUUGGAGCUAUAAUUAAAACAGAGCUCAGUGGUGAUUUUAAUGUGGAAAUCUUUUUUUCAUAAUUACAGUACUAAAUCAACUACCUGAUUUGAUGUUUCUACACCAAAAAAGUGC